AUGUUUCAUUUUGUGAUUUCCACAGAUUCGAGUAUUGUUAUGGCAGAGCAGAGCAGCCGCGAUGUGGUAGAUCAGACCCUGUCGGGCGGCGAGCCUUCGCCUUCCGACGUUCCUGCGAGCACAACCGAUAAGACUUCUGCUGAAGGGGACGCGGGGGAGACCAAACAUAUCGCAAACACUUCGCAAACCCAAGUAACAUCUGAGCAACAUUCCAACGACGUGACGAGAGAUACGCGUGAGUCCCAAGACAAGCGAACUGGAGGUGACAAGGAUACCGGGAGCUCUUCGAUGGUGGGUUUCGUUGAUGGGAAAGAAGAGAAUAAUCAGCUGAAGUGGUUGCAGGAUGCUUCAAAGCAAGGCGUUGGACUGGUUGCCUCCAGAGCUCUCGAGCUGAAUGGACAAGCGUCGGUGUCAGAUGGUGGAGACGAUACGGGUUCCCAGGGUGGUUCAGAGUCAGAUACCAGUCGAACAGAUGGGAGACAUCACACAAGAACAGGAUCGGUGAAAAAACCUUCCAUCUUUAAGCCGAUGUCUUUUGCGAAAUUCACUGUCCCAAAGGCGCCGGGGGCCCCUGCCCCUCCCAAAGCGCCGGAGAAAGUUCCAUCUGCCUCAACCACUCCCCUUGGAACACCGCAGCCUAGUUCACGACCGCGCUUGGUUGCAAAGACCACCAGCGGCAUGCGCGAUUCUAUUUCCAAGACCGGUGCUGGUGGUGGGAAGCCAGGCGGGUCGGGGCCAGAUCCCAACCAAGUCUGGAAUAAGAACCGACCUGUCCAGCCUCCACCACAAAAGCACUUGACCGAUGAGGAAUUGAAACAACAAUAUGGCAUUCACAUGACUUCCAGGAUUCAAGAGGAUUCUGGCGGCACUGAAUCGAAAUGGGCGGAUAUCGACGAUGAUGAAGAUGACUGGGCACCAGAGACAAUCGAAUGGACCGAUGGAACAAAGGUCACACUUACUCAUAAUGAUCACCCGCCGCCGCCAGAGGAAAUUGCUCAACUGCCAAAGGAAGCGCCGCCGCCGGAGCAACCAGUGGCGGCACAGGAAGCCCCUAGAAUAGCUGCACCGAAGCCAACCACCUCUGUGGGGCCGAAUCCAACGGUACUCCGGCUUGGAGCGAGUGCCGAGCGGCAGGCCAAGGCUGCAAGUAUCUCAUCUAGAGGAACAAAUGACAGAAUGCCGUCGGGGUCGACAAGUCCAGCCCCUCCGCCGGCGAAGUCUCCUUGGGCUGCGCUGCCUCCUGUGGAAAGAGUGUCUCCAGUCAACCCACCUUUGCAACCACCCCCAGUAUCGCAGCCCCGCGGUCAAGUCGGUUAUCCCCACCGAGAAGAUGGCCACCAUACCGCAUUGCCUCCUCAGGAGAUUGCGGCCGAUGAUUUCAAUCGCACUUGGAGAGAGACGACUUCGGGGGCGCCUCGAGAACUAUACAACUCUCGAUCUGGCCGAUAUGAGCCUGUGGCAGAUAAUAGAAGACCUUCAUGGCGGCAGGAUCAGGGUCCUCGGCCCCCUGCCGUGUUACAGCGACCCAACCAUGGUGAACACGCUGGUCCUGCGGAACCGUCAGCGGCAUUCCAGACAUCUCGAUCGAGUCACCAAGAAGGAAUGGGCUGGAACCGUCGUCGGACAUCGUCGAAUGUGAGUGGUGGAAGUGGAAGCUAUGGUCGUCGUAUGUCCUUCGGUCGAGAUGCGCCUCCUCCACGAUACAAUGAUGCUCGGCGAGGCUCUCAUGCCAAUAAUAUGGUCGAUCCAGCCUUGUUGGGUCGUGAGCCGGGGCAUGUUCGUGAAACUUCUCCAAACCGCCAACAAGCCGGUUCAGGCUUGCCUGCACGCCCAUCAGUGAGUAUGGGUAGUGAACCAUCGCCAAAGGAGAACCAGCCGGCUCCAGUUGUGGUACCAGAAGUGCCGCAGGAAGAUCCACUUGUUCUACAGGAGCGUAUCAUGAAGGAGAAGCGACUGGAAGCUAGACAGCGCCGACUAGAACAGGAGGAGCAAGAAAAACAAGCGAGGGAAGAGAGAAUUCGUCAGAAGCUUGCGGCGUUGGGACCUCCACCAGAGAAGAAACGCAAGGAUAGCAUCGAUAGUCGCAAACCUCAAGCGCCUACGUCAAAUGCGCCUCCUGCUGCAUUGAUAUCUUCACCCCCAAAGCCUCCUGUGCCGGAGCCUACAGGUGCACCUAAGCAGUAUGGGAUGAUGAAAGUUCAUCAUCCGGAUUCUGUGAAGAGAAUUGUCGCUGCCAAUGAAAGGGAUCGUGUUGCUGAAAAGCAGACUGAGAAAACUUCCUCGCCUCACUUGCGUCGUGCUCCUUCACCCCACCAUGAUUCCUCACAACAUGAACCUGCCCCUCCUUCCAUCAACCCCCCAUCCGCUGAAUCUCAUCCCCAUGACCCCAAAGUUGAUGAGCAAGACGGCCAGCAGCGAAAUUUGAAUGUUUCUAAUUCCUACGCUCCUUGGUCAACUGCGCCCAAUCUUCCUUCGAAUCCUCCUUCAGUGAAUAAUCUGUGGAAGUCCUUGAGCAGUGACCGUACCCUCGGAAACGGUAUCUUUGACCCAAGCCUUGGUGGCUUUCCCUCCCGGGAUAUCCCACUUCGCAGCCAGCUUGGCCUUGACCAACCCACCAUGCCUGCUGGUCAGUCCUUUCCUCCUCAGGAUGCAGCUCCGAUUCCUUCUUUGCCAUCGCCUGAGACCAGACAUGUCUCUUACGAUCCUCUGAGUCCUAUUGGCCGCCCUGGUCCAAUUGGGCCACCUAGCUCUCAAAAUCCUCAGUGGCAAAACGAGCGAGUGAACGCCUGGAAUAACUUUGGUCUCGUCGCCAAUAAGCAUGAACUCGAAGCAGGUGAUAAAUUCCGCCAGGAAUUCAAGGAAACCCAGAAGCUACGAGAAAUUCACCAAUCCAAUCGUGACCAGCCUGGGAAGCAAUCCAACAUUAAGCAUACAUGGAGGAAAGUCGUGAUUGGUGAGGAUGGAGUAAGACGCACGGUGUCUGUCACUACGAACGACUCUUCUGCUCCCAAGGCUCCUGCUCAACCCCCGCUUAAGCCUGCCGCCGAGCCUGUUGUUGAGACUGCUGUUGAGACUCCCGCAGGUCAUACGUGGAAACAAGUCCGAGUCGAAGAUGGCGUCAGGCGCCAAGUUGCUGUCCACGCUAACCAUAACUCGAAGCCCGCUCCUGCGCCACCUUCGAAUCCUUUGAACAGCCUCGAGACUCCCACAGACGGUCUGUCCUUUGCGGAUAGCCACGCUCGUUCCCUUGCCAACGUGCCUGCACGCAGCUCACGAUUCUUCCCCAACGUGACCGAGCAACCCAGGCGCAUCGCAGUGGAGCAAGUCGAGGUGCACCGAAGCCCAUCUCCGCCUCCCCCAGAGGAAUAUUCUCAUCCAGUCCAUGAUAACGGCUCCGGUCGGCCAAUGGUUCAUUUCCCUCCUGCCAGACCUAUUGUCAAGCUACCACCCAAGCCUUUGGCCGCUGCGCCUGCACCUCCCCGCACAUUUGCGUCCAUGGCUGCGGCACCGCCGCGGACUACUCCCGCCCCGGCUUCCACUUCACCUGCGAUGUCUUGGCAAGAUAAGAUCAACGGUCUUUUCGGCAAGAAGACCUCUCCGGAGAAAAAGAGCGUCCUGGCUGUUGCCUCUGCCACGAAAGAACCUCUUGAUGUUCAGCUGUCAGCUUCAGCAGUCUCUGUUUCUCUACCUAGCCAUGUUGAAGUUGAAGUUAAUGUGCAGAAUGGUGAUGGAGAUCUUGCAGCUCGACAGGUGGCUGAAGAAGAAGCAAUCUUUGAGGAUCGCGAGCCAGGCUCGCAGCCUGGUGUUCGAGUUCCUCUCAUGGCUCCUCCCGCAGCUUGGCACUCCCCGGCCCUUGCCCCCAUUGCCCGAACACGGUUUAAGCAUAUGAAGCCGGUAGGAGUUCAAAGCAUUGAAGUUUACAUGGUUGGAUCCGGUGAUAAAGAUCAAUAUGGAAAUACUCGCAUCCCUGUACUAUUUCCUGGUCAAGAGACCGGUCAAACUUUGCUCAUGCUUCGAAAGAAUCGUUCCAAUCAGCAGCGUCCACGCCACCCCUCUAACCCAAAGAACACUCGCAAGGGCCCCAAGCCGCGCGAUGGAUCUGGAUCCGGGGGAUCGACCUGGAACAAGAAACCCUCUUCGUCCCAGCAGAACAAUGCUCCGGCCUCUUCCCCUCGUCACCCAUCUCGUAAUGCAACCUGGGGUCCCCGCGACCAGAGUGGCUCGCAGUAA